AUGAAGGUUAUAAAUGCAAUUCUUCCCAUUGUUGCGUACACUCAGGAAAGAUGUGGGACUAUAAAACUCGGCGAAAAAGGCCAAUUCGCGCCAGUUAGUCUUUCCAGUUAUCCCGGCUCCGGAAACACAUGGGUUCGAUACAUGAUUGAAGAGUUCACUGGAUAUUACACUGGCAGCGUUUUCCACGAUGGAAAGCUUUACCGCGGAGGUUUCAAGGGAGAGUAUGAAGAUUACACAGAUGGUAAGGUUAUUGUAACGAAAGCGCAUACAUUCAGAUCGGAGAGGCCACUCACAGACGCCAUUAUGCUCAUCAGAAAUCCCUACGACGCGUUUUUGUCCGAGUUCAAUAGAGUCAACGGCGUUGGCGUCACUGGAAACGAUCACACAGGCAAAGCAUCACUGGAUGAUUUUCUCUCGCCGAAGUGGACAGAUAUGAAUUUCGGAAAAUACGCUGUCCGGUGGUAUCGGCUUUACUCCGGUCUUCUUGAAAGCGGCCACAAGAUGCUGCCAAUAAUUUACGAAGAAAUGAAAGCAGACCCAAAACAAGAAAUGGAGAAAAUCGUCAAUUUCCUUGAUACACGAACAGACUACGAGUCCAAGUAUGAGUGCCUCUUUGGAGACAACUCAAAGAGAUUCAAGCGGUCCAGUGAGCGAGAAUUUGACCCUUAUGAUUUUAUCGAUAACGAAAAACUCGAGGCAGUGAAUGAAGUGAUCAUCAAAAUCAGCGAAACACUCAACCGAACCCACGGAAUCACACUGCCAGAAACAUAUCUUCGAAAUCUUCACUAA